UGAAGCGAAAUCACGUGACUCAGGCGUCAAGAAAUCAGCUGGGGACUCGGAGUUUCACUCAGGAAAUCCAGGGUUGGUGAAUUAUUCUGUGAAGAUCUCCAUCAUGUCCAGAUCAAGCGAAGUUGACACAAAUGUGCUGGCGCAGACUAUAAGUUCAAAUAUCCAGAGAAUAACAUUGCUAACUAAUGAAAUCCAGCAGAUGAUGAGACAUUUUGGAACAGCACAAGACACGACUGACCUGCGUCAGACAUUACAGGAGAAACAGCAGAAGGUCAAUCAGCUUGCUAAAGUGACAGACAAAUGUAUGAAAGAUUACAGUGCUUUACCUGUGACCACAGAACAGAGGCAAAGAAAAAUCCAGCGAGAACGUCUCAUCACUGAAUUCUCCAAUGCGCUGGCCCUUUUCCAGAAAGCUCAGCGAGAGGUAGCAAAGAAAGAGAAGGAGUUUGUGGCGCGUGUCCGAGCGAGCUCGAGAAUUUCAGGUGGUGAUAUAGAUGAUGGGUUUGGAGGAUUUCCAUCACCCUUUCAAAGUGAGAUUCAUGCUCAAGAUCAGAGAUAUGAGGAGACCAUCACAGAAGAAGAUCUGCAGCUCAUUCAGGAGAGAGAAUCAGCAAUCAGACAGCUGGAGUCGGACAUCACAGACAUUAAUGAAAUCUUCAGAGAUCUGGGCAUGAUGGUGCAUGAACAGGGAGACAUGAUUGACAGUAUAGAGGCCAAUGUAUCAAACGCAGACAUCAAUGUGCAGACAGCCACACAACAGCUGGGCAGAGCAGCAAGUCACCAGACGUCAUUCCGCAAGAAGAUUUUCAUCCUGAUCGCUGUUCUGAUUGUGUUGGCUGUCAUUAUUGGUUUGAUUAUCUGGGCUUCUGUCAAAAACUGAAUUGACCAUCAGAUGUCCCACAGCGUUUGCACUGGCAUGUUUGUAAUGAGUUAUGGAGGUUUGUCACUAACUGAAGCUGUCCUGAGUUGCUUUCUAAAUACAGUUAAGAUAUUGUCACUAACAGAAUAUUUAAUGCAAGUUGAGCUCUACGGACAGUAUCUUUGGUGUGCAGUUCAUUACCACAGAAACUUAUUUUAAAGGGAU